CGGCGCCUGCGCAAGUUCCCGGCGCCGCCCCCGCCCCUACUUACCGGGCCCCGCAGCAGGGGCCGGAGCCGCCGGCGGCGGGGCGGGGGGGGCGCCCCGAUGAGCCCCGAGUGCGAGGAGCCGCCGCCCCCCCUCGCAGGGCGCCAUGUUUUGGAAGUUUGACCUGCACACAAGCUCACACCUGGACACGCUGCUGGAGCGGGAGGACCUGAGCCUGCCUGAGCUGCUGGACGAGGAAGACGUGCUGCAGGAGUGCAAGGUGGUCAACCGCAAGCUGCUGGACUUCCUGCUGCAGCCACCCCACCUGCAGGCCAUGGUGGCCUGGGUCACCCAGGAGCCGCCCGCUAGCGGUGAGGAGCGGCUUCGCUACAAGUACCCCAGUGUGGCCUGCGAGAUUCUGACCUCAGACGUACCGCAGAUCAAUGACGCCCUGGGUGCUGAUGAGUCCCUCCUGAACCGGCUCUACGGCUUCCUGCAGAGCACCGGCAGCCUCAACCCGCUGCUGGCCAGCUUCUUCAGCAAGGUCAUGGGCAUCCUCAUCAACCGCAAGACGGACCAGCUUGUGUCCUUUCUGCGGAAGAAGGAUGACUUCGUGGACCUGCUGCUGCAGCACAUCGGCACCUCGGCCAUCAUGGACCUGCUGUUGCGCCUGCUUACCUGUGUGGAGCGGCCCCAGCUGAGGCAGGACGUUGUCAAUUGGCUCAACGAGGAGAAGAUCGUCCAGCGGCUGAUUGAGCAGAUCCACCCGUCGAAGGAUGAGAAUCAACAUUCCAACGCUGGCCCCAGUCCUCUGCGAUGCAUCGGCCCGCCUGAGCGGGAGCAGAUGAUCCAAGUCCAGGACAGCCCAGAGCCUGAGCAGCUGGCCACCCUGGAGAAGUGGGUACAUUUCCAUUACAGCUCUGCCAACAUGUUCGAGGGGUGGCAGAGCCAGUCUGUCAACAGUGGGAUCCAGGUGCUGCUGGACCCGCUGGAGCUCAGGAGGCCGAGGUCCGAGUCCAUGACUGCAGUCAACCCUUCAGCAGUGUGGGAUGGGCAGCUGGAGCUCCUGGCCCAGGGAGCCCUGGAAAGCACUGUGUCCAGUGUGGGUGCCUUGCACGCCCUGCGCCCGCGACUCCAGCUGCCUUUCCACCAGCUCCUGCUGGAGCCUCCCAAGCUGGAGCCGCUACAGAUGACGUGGGGUGGCGUUGGCUCGCCUCUGGCACACGCGCGGCUGCACGUGGUCAAGCCUUCUCUCUGCCAGCGUCUGAGCGCCAAUGAUGCAGCCCUGACGGAGGAGCUCCUGGCACUGACGUGCCCCGGGCCACUGCCAUGACUCCUCUUCUUCCACUAUGCCCUCAACAAGCAUGCCCAAGUGGAGGGAUGCGUGAGCACCAUGCUGAGCUUGGGGCCACCUUCUGACAGCAACCCUGAGACGCCCGCCCAAAACCCUGUUGUGGCACACCUGCUGCAGCAGUGCCGCCUGGUGGAGCGGAUCCUGGCUUCCUGGGAGGAGAACGACCGUGUACAGUCUGCGGGAGGCCCUCGGAAAGGCUACAUGGGCCACCUGACGAGAAUGGCCAACGCCCUGGUGCAGAGCACAGAGAAGGGGCCCAAUGCAGAGCAACUGGGACAGCUGCUGAAGGAGCUGCCCAGCGAGCAGCAGGAGCAGUGGGAAGCCUUUGUAUCGGGGCCCCUGGCGGAGACCAACAAGAAGAACAUGGUGGACCUGGUGAACACCCACCACCUACACUCCUCCAGUGACGAUGAGGACGACCGGCUCAAGGAGUUCAACUUCCCUGAGGAGGCCGUGCUGCAGCAGGCCUUCAUGGAUUUCCAGAUGCAGCGCAUGACCUCCGCCUUUAUUGACCACUUUGGCUUCAAUGAUGAGGAGUUUGGGGAGCAGGAGGAGAGUGUGAACGCACCUUUUGACAAGACAGCCAACAUCACCUUCUCCCUCAACGCCGACGAUGACAACCCCAACGCCAACCUACUUGAGAUAUGCUACAAGGACCGCAUCCAGCAGUUUGAUGAUGAUGAGGAAGAGGAGGACGAGGAAGAGGCCCAGGGCUCAGGGGAGUCUGAUGGAGAAGAUGGCGCCUGGCAGGGCAGCCAGUUGGCCAGGGGGGCCCAUCUGAGCCAGCCCCCUGGUGUCCGGAGUGGAGGCAGCACAGACAGUGAGGAUGAAGAAGAGGAGGACGAGGAGGAGGAGGAAGACGAGGAGGGCAUUGGCUGUGCAGCCCGUGGAGGGGCCACCCCCAUAUCCUACCCCAGCCCUGGCCCUCAGCCUCCAGGCCCCAGCUGGACAGCCACCUUUGACCCAGUGCCUCCAGAUGCCCCGACCAGCCCCCGAGUCUCCAGGGAGGAAGAGCUGCACACUGGGCCUCCAGCCCCACAGGGACCCCUCAGUGUGUCCCAGGACCUCCCCACCGAGAACCUGGCCAGCCCUCCUGCCCGUGAUGCCCUGCAGCUCAGGUCUCAGGACCCCACACCCCCCUCAGCACCUCAGGAAGCCACAGAAGGCAGCAAAGUCAUAGAGCCCUCAGCCCCCUGCCAGGCCUUGGUUAGCAUCGGGGACCUUCAGGCCACCUUCCACGGGAUCCGUUCUGCCCCCAACUCCUCGGACAGUGCAACCAGAGACCCCUCUACCUCUGUCCCAGCCUCCGGGGCCCACCAGCGCCCCCAGACCACAGAUGGGGAGAAGAGCCCAGAGCCCUUGGGGCUUCCCCAAAGCCAGAGUGCCCAGGCCCUCACGCCUCCUCCGAUACCCAAUGGCUCUGCCCCGGAAGGGCCUGCAUCCCCAGGCUCCCAGUGAGUGUGGCUGCAGCCUGGGGCUGGGUAGGUGGGGCUGGGCCUGCUGGACCCUCACACGACGUCUCCCUCUGUUUCCAGAUAGCUGCCUGGUGCGGCAGCGGCAGCCAAAUCUUCCAUCCUCCCAUGGAUCUCCCAGGGUGGGGGCAGGGCGGGUCCCAUGAUGGCCCCCAGUGCCCUCAUCACCCUGAACCCCCCACAUUCUCUCCUCUGGACCCCCAGGAGGUGGGUGCCAGGGAGACAGGCCCAACCGACCCCCAUUUGCACUGAGAAGAGAAGUUUUGGAGCAUUGCCUCCUAGAAUAAAGAUAAAGAGAGUCAAAUAGAGAGAAUGGAGAGAGAGAAACGUAUAUUAUAUAUUAUAUAUAGAGAGAGGGAGGAGAGCGAGAGAAAGUGAGGACACCAAGCUGGGCUGGCGGCUCCAAAGCACAGCCUUCCCCGUUCCGUCCCAGCGGGGGCUGGUGUUAGGGGUCCCAAGGUUGCCGCCCACGUGCCCAGCCGUCCCAUGCUCCAGCGCAGAUGGCCACGCCCACACCCGGCCUUUCAGCUCAGGUCCACCAUGGGGGACGGCCCAGCGCAGGUGGGGGUGCCAGAGGAUCCCGAGUGGGGGCCGUGCCUUUGCCCAGACCCUGCACUUUCAACCAGGCCAGUCCGGCUCUGGGGAGCAGGGGCCUCCCCGGCAACACCCCUAGGGGCCUUGAGGGUCUGGGGUCCCAGCCCUGUUGCCAAGUGGCCUUGUCCCCAGCUCCCUCCUCCAGGCUGGUGUGAGUGUGCGUGCGUUCGUGCCGAGCUUCUAUUUCAUAUUGCAAAUAUAAAUAAAGGAAGACAGUUUACGAU